AAACUAGAAUUUGUUUUUGUAAAAUUGAACAAGUCCUCCUAGAGGAUAAGUCUAUAAGAUGACCUUUUUAAAUCUUGGAUUUUUAUUAUUUUAUGCAUAUUCAGAGUUGUCUGCAGAAGGACCAUGUAUUGGCAAGGAGUUCUUUAAAGGAUGUUGUCCUCAUACAUUUUGGAACAACGAGACCAAAGAUUGUGAGAAGUGUCCGUCUGGGUUUUAUGGAUUAAACUGUAGUUUUUCCUGUCAAUAUCCUUUCUUUGGAGAUCGAUGUCUCAGCAAAUGUUCCUGCAAUAGCAGCUUGUGUGAUUUAACUAAAGGGUGCAUUUCGACAAACGGUGAGAAUAUGGGAUGUUUGCAUUUUUUCCCAAAAUGA